AUGUCUAUCCGAUCUGUUCUCACCAGCCUGGUCCUUACGGCAGUCCCUGUGCUUGGAGCUCCUGCCCUAGCACAGGCGUCAGCGCCGAUCGAGGCCAGGUCUGUUAUCUCUCAUGAUGCAGUCACUGGCUUCACCGAGGCCGUUCCCGACAGUGUUGCAGGAACCCUGAUGCUCAAGUACAAGCCCAAGCUCAAAGUCACCAACGGCUGUGUGCCUUUUCCCGCCGUUGACGCCGAAGGAAACACCAGCGGUGGACUGAAACCUACCGGGUCCUCGAAUGGACACUGCUCCUCUUCAACGGGCCAAGUAUACGCCCGUGCCGCUACCCACGGGGAGUACUUUGCUAUAAUGUACUCUUGUGGACUCGGCCACCGCUACGACUGGGAAGAGGCUAUCGCAUGGCUCUCAGGGGAGACCGCUGACGCCGCCCUGGUAGCUUUUUCUCUCUCCGCUCACGGCGGGAUCUCCUCUACCAGGUCUCCUGGUCGCUCUGGGGACUCACCACUGGCCGAGUAUGCCUCCACCUGGCCACUCAACCACCAGCUACUCCAGACUACCACCGUCGGCGGGACGCAGCCAUUGAUCGCGUGGGAAAACUUGACAGAUGCAGCCCGUGAUGCGUUGCAAACUACAGACUUUGGCAAGGCCAUGGUUCCUUUCAAGGAUUCUGUGUUCAUCGGUAACUUGGAGAAGGGCUAUGCUACUCUCUAA